UCGAACCGCCCUGCCCUCUCGCAGCUUCUUCGCGACCUUAGCUUCGAGCUUUGUGCGUCCGUCUUUCUCAGCUCGGGAACUUCGCUGAUAAUCGAAGGAGUUGAAUUGUUUUGUUGCGACAUUCCUGAAUGAGCGCUCUUUUGCCUGUAACCCGUGCGUUGCUUGGUGUUUGCUCUGUUGCUGGAUUGUUUUUCCAUCGCGUUUUCACCGCUUAAUUUUUCCCCUUUUUUUUUUUUUUUUUUUAAUUGUUAUUUUCACACCCCCCCCAAUUUCUCUCUCGUGGACUUUUCAAAUCUGUCUUCGUCUAAAACGCCUCAAAAUAAGUCCCGCUCAAUCUUAAUACCAGAACAGCAUGUCGGCUCACCCUCAGCGGUCGCCAACAGGCGCAGUUCAUCCUCACCAGACGCCCCUGCCGCCCCACCCUCAAGUUAACGGCCACCUGCCUAUCCAGGCCCAAGGCCAGAGCGGUCCGCCUUUGACGACAUGGCAGAAGAUCCUGCAGGUAAACGAAGCGAUUUGGCUUCAGCUUGGCAACUUGUGCGAGAUGAUGGGAAAUCUUGACGGUGCGAUUGACGCAUAUCAACAUGCAUUGCGGCAUAAUCAGUACUCCGUCCCCGCGAUGAGCGCCAUCUCGUGCAUCUAUCGAACAAAGGAGGAGUUUCCAAAGGCCAUUGAGUUUCUCCAGAAUAUUUUGAAGAUAGAUCCCCAGAGCGGAGAGUCAUGGAGCAGCUUAGGCCAUUGUUACCUCAUGAUCGAUAAUCUUCAAGAUGCGUACAGCGCAUACCAGAAUGCUCUGUAUCAUCUUCGCGAUCCUAAGGAACCGAAACUUUGGUAUGGCAUUGGUAUACUUUAUGAUCGUUAUGGCUCGUUGGAUCAUGCCGAAGAGGCAUUCUCGCAAGUCAUGCGGAUGCAGCCAGAUUUUGAGAAAGCAAAUGAAAUCUAUUUCCGUCUGGGUAUAAUAUACAAGCAGCAACAAAAGUUUCAUCAAAGCCUUGAGUGCUUUAGGUACAUUGUCAAGGACCCUCCUCGCCCGUUGACGGAAGAAGAUAUCUGGUUCCAGAUUGGGCAUGUCCAUGAGCAGCAAAAAGAUUUCGAGGCUGCCAAAGCAGCAUAUAAGAAAGUGCUUGAUCGCGAUCCACAGCACGCCAAAGUAUUGCAGCAGCUUGGUUGGUUGCAUCAUCAGCAGAGUAGCAGCUAUGCCAGUCAAGAACAAGCUAUUGAAUACUUGGAAAAAUCAGUUGCUGCAGACACAAACGAUGCGCAGAGUUGGUACUUGCUUGGCCGUUGUUAUAUGUCCCAGGCCAAAUAUCCCAAAGCAUACGAGGCCUAUCAACAGGCCGUAUACCGAGAUGGUCGAAACCCAACAUUCUGGUGCUCAAUUGGCGUGUUAUACUACCAGAUUAACCAAUAUCGUGACGCCCUGGACGCCUACUCGCGAGCUAUCCGCCUCAAUCCCUAUAUCUCGGAGGUUUGGUAUGACUUGGGAACUUUGUAUGAAUCGUGCAACAACCAAAUUGCGGAUGCCCUCGACGCCUAUUCCCGCGCGGCGGAGCUUGAUCCCAAUAACGUUCAUAUCAAAGCUAGAUUGCAGUUGCUUCAAAGCGGACAAGCUGCGAAUCAAGGGAAUGCCCCAGUUCCCCAGGAUGUCCACCCACAAGCGUACCAAGUGGCAGGCGUUGGCCCUCCCGGCCCGCAAUGGGGUGCUCAGGCUCCUUCUGGCGCUCCUCCGGCCCAACCCUCAGUUCCCUCUGCCCGGGUCACCGAAUGGGCACGGGGAGUGAAUGAAGUCCAAGGACAAGCUGCUACGUCCAACCAGUACGACCAACGGGAGAAUUUGCGAGGCAUCCAACCGCAACACCCAAGCCCCAGGUCUGAUCAAGUUCGGCCGCCAUUCCCAGACCAGGCUCGAAACAACGCCGGGCGUAAGGGACUUUCCCCAUCUCCUAAGUUCAAUCUAGCGGCUCCCAAUAACUACCCUGGACCUCAAACCCUUCCACAGCUCGGGGCUCCCCCACAGGGUGCUGAACGAGGUCCCAAUGGUGCGGCGUUCGGUUCCUCUGUUCGGCCUCCUCCGUUGGCUCAGAAUGGAGCUAAUGGCCCGGCUGGAAUUAACGGUGCUGCUGCUGGUGCUCAAAUGCCCCCCUAUGGUAGACCUUUCACUCCUCCGACCGAGAUCCGUCCUAUUCGAGACGAUAGACCGACGUCCCCGAGAUCAACUUAUCCACACCCACAAUAUCAUCAGGCCCCUGCUCCUCAAAAUGGUGGAGGUAUUGCGGGCGGCGCUCCUGCCCCGGCGGCUGCUAUCGCGGCCGCUGAAGCAGCGCAGCGGGAGAGGGAUGAACGUCCUCCAUCGUCCAUGAAACGGGGCCGUGAGUGGGAAUCGGAUCAGGGACCAUCAAAGAAGAUUGCCAAUGAGGAAAAUCGCGCUCGAUUGGAUGAGCAGCCCGGCCGAAUCCCAUCUCCUCGUGAGCUUCGCCGUCGCAGCUCUUCGGAGGUCCGACGCGAGGAACAGCGACGAGGCCAUGACAACUAUCAUCCUUCGGAUGCCGCUCACCAUCCACCAAGCCUGCCGUCCAUCCAACACAUGCAACCUCAGCAACCUCCCAAGAUCCCUUCUGUCCCAGACACUCCUGCAAGUGUCCAGGCUGCCUCGCUUCCUAGCAUGCCUUCUGCCGGUUUACCGUCGGGCCCCAUAGCUCCCAGUGAGGAGCGUGAUCGCAAGGAUCAGGCCCACGUUCAACACGAGCCUCCUGCUAGGAAGAUGGAGGUCGAUGAGGACUAUGACGAUGAUGGAGAAGAUGACAAGAAGGGUGCUGCACUGUCAAAGAACGGUAGCCCCGGUGGCGCUGCCGCUAAUGCUGGGGUUGCAAAUGGAACCAGCCAGUCUAACCAGUCAAAGGCGGAACCAUCCAGCUAGAAAGGAUGCCUGUGAGCUGAUUUGGACUCCCUGCUUCCCGGUCUUUUCUCUUUUAUUCCGGACAUUUGACUGAAAGACUCUUUUAAAGGAAUUGAGAUUGUGACCCUAUGUGUUAUGUGUUUCCUUUUGAAUUUGGAGGACCAAAAAAAAAAAAAGGGAGCUUUUUGCCCUGUACCUUGAUGCACACCCCCUGUACGCCUUGUAUACCUACACCCUGAUAUUCCAGGCUGGGCUGUUUUUAAUUUUGUGAUAUUAUUUCGCCUCUUCAGUUCCCCCAUUUGAAGUUGAUUUGAUGUGAUGGAAUAGGAUCCUACUCUGUUGCAGCCCAUUUUUCGUCUCCCUUUGCAGAAUGGCUUUUUUUUUCUUUUUUUUUUUUUAAGUUUGGCGAACUUCUGCGCUCAUCAGUGGGCUAGGGCUUUUGAAUGAUGAUGAUUGACCUGCCUCGAGUUUUUGAUUGUGGUUGAUGUGUAGACAAAGUUGCACCGUGAUGUUCACGUUAUUUUUAUUUUUUAUUUCCUCUCCCCCCCUUGGUUUUUUAUGUGCCAGUAAAUAGUAGUUAUAGUUAAUUAGCAAGUUGAAUAAAAAAUCGAAC